GUAUUUGGUUUGGCAGAACACGGACUGUUGACCAUGGCUAAUAUUUACUUUUUGUAAGAGUGGGCAGUCGAACAAGUAGUUAUGUACCUUUAUAUUAGGCAGGUUCAUUGAGAACAUAUCAGUUUCCGCCACAAUGAAUCCUCUAAGUUUCCUUGUUGUCGGGACGCUGCUGUCUAGCACCUGGUCUCUUCCUCCCACAGGUUUUCCAUUGCAAACAGUUUUUUGUAAUGACACCGAUGUGGAAGUUGCUGCUGAUUUAGCUUUGCAGCGUAUUAACAAAGAACGAGAAGAAGGCAACGUUCUUAGCCUCUUCCGCAUUAAUGCUGUCCAAAAGCAGAACUGGAGAAGGGGGGAUAUCUUCUCCCUUGCCUUUAAUGUUCUAGACACAGAAUGCCACGUUCUUAGCAGGAAGGAUUAUAAGGAAUGUGAAGUCAGAGAGUUACAUGAAGCGGUUUAUGGAGUUUGCAAAGCCGUUGUAUAUGUUGGCCAAGGAAGUGAUGUUAAGCUGCUCAGCUAUAACUGUACUUUAAGUCCAGUUGCAAGAAGAGAGAUUGCUUCAAUUUGUCCAGAUUGCCCAUCUGGUGACUCCUUAGACAAGCCAAUAUACACUGAAAUUGCAAAACUGUCCCUUUCAAAAUACAACCUUGAAAGCAACAACAGUAAAAUAUUUGCAGUUAAAAACAUCACAAGGACUUCUAUGCAGUCUGGGUUUGGAAAUUUUUAUUUUGUGGAGUUCACUGUCUAUCAGACAGGGUGUACUAAGGAUAACCUUCUUGAAAAUGGCGUCUGUGAGAUUGUCGACCUAGUUACACGCUAUGGUUACUGCAAGGCUUCAAAAAUUGCCGAAGACCCAAUUGAUUCUGCAUCGUGUACAAUUUAUGAACCAGAGGAUCAACGGAAACCUUAUCACAGACGUACACAUUGGCUUAAGAAGAAGUGUGGACAAGGGCAUGGACAAGAACAUGGUCACAGAUGUACCCAUGGUCACUCACACGAGCAGGGACAGAAACAUGGUCACGGAUAUACCCCUGGUCACUCACAUGGUCAGAGACGUACUAGUGGUUACUCACACGAGCAGGGACAGGAACAUGGUCACAGAUGUACCCAUGGUCACAGACAUACCCGUGAUCACUCACACAAGCAUGGUCACUCACAUGGUCACAGAUGUAUCCAUGAUCACUCACAUGAGCAGGGAGAGGAACAUGGUCACAGAUGUACCCAUGGUCACUCACAUGGUCAGAGACGUACUAGUGGUCACUCACAUGAGCAGGGAGAGGAACAUGGUCACAAAUGUACCCAUGGUCACUCACAUGGGCAUGGAUUGAGCCAUGGAUGUGAUGAAGUACUUGUUGAGGAAAGCAGCCAAGAUCAUCGUAAUGACUCUUCGGAGGGUCAUGGCUUUUAUGCCCACUGUAGACGCCUAGUAGGAUCUGUGAUUGUUCUUCCUCAGAGUACUGACCAGGUGGAUCUUCCAGAUCCUGUUCUCACUAUCCCUGAAAUCACCUGGAUCCCCAGUGCGGUCAUCCUGCCAUUCCCUGAUAAAUCUUCUCCCGGAUGCCCUGCGGAACCAAAGCUUCCACAGCUGUGGGUUCUGGACCUAUUAAAACCUAUCAAAUAAUAAUGUAACUACCCCCCCCCCAUGCCAAACCAUAGUUUUAAUUUUUGAUGUUUAAUUAAAUGUUAAUAGCACAGGUUGAAAGAGAAAAAUAUUGGAUAAUUUCAGAAACUGCUAGAAUUAUUAAAAUUGGGAAUAGUCAUCUGAUGUAAAACGUACUAUGGGCUUAUCCAAUUCUGAAUUGUUUAAAAAAAUAAAAAUCUUUUUAAUCUAUUAAAA